AUGAUGUCUUUAAAUGAUGCUGCGCAUAAUGCCGAACAAUAUUCAGCUUUUGUUGAACGGCAUAUGGAUGAGCGCCGUCAGCGUGUUGAACAACUCGAUGCUUUCGUUCGUCAUCGACUUCGUCUGUAUAAGCAAGCACAAGAACAUGUUCAACGACAAACCUCCAAUAAAAUUAUCGAAGCAACUGCUUUACCUCCACCAGUCACACCAGCUGAUACUGUUGUCGUUUUAUCACAACGCUCUUCAACACCGAUUCUUGAAAAAUCAUCAUCAUUAAAUAAUCCUGUCGAAAUGACAAAUCGUGUACGUCGAAGUAAGCAACGCUUAGCAUCAAAACAACUUUCUCAACCUAUUGAUAUAUCGUUGACUAACGAUACACAAACUGUUGGAACAUGGAUUAAUCCAGCACCACCAAUAAAAGUUGAACAUAAUGAAGAAGAAGAAGAACGACCUGCAACUGAUAAUACACUUCGCCGAUCAAUGAGUGAAAAUCGCCUUUCAUCAUUUGCACUAAAGGCAAUUACUGAUUCAUUAACCGAUGGGUUAACAAAUGUUGAGAAUCGAAAACGUCUUCAAGCAACACGUGCUUUAUUUAUGACUAUCGAACGUCGAAAAGUUAAAGAAUCUUUACUUUUAAAUAAACAAAACAAAGAAAUUCAACGUCUUGUUGAACUGAAAGAAGCUGAACGUUUACAUCAAGAAGAAUCCUUAGCACAACGUGAAGUAUCGGCGGUUUAUACUAAAUCAGAUCAACCUAUUGUUGAUGUUAAUAGCGUUGACCCAAAACAAUUAGCUCGUAUUCGUCAACAACGUGUUCAUGAACAAAAACGACGAGAACUUGAACGGUACAUUCGAGCAUUAAAAACAACAUUGAGAGAACGAUGUUCAAAGCGUAACAUUAGCGUGCCAACAUUAUGUUCAUGUCACUCAAGCAUAUGGGAUGCUGAUCCAAUGGCAUGUUCACAAAAUUGUUCAUUCUAUCGAAAUCCAGCCGCUUUUGCGACAUCACUUCACAGCUUACUUGGAUCAUGUCAAGUCACCAGUUAA